AUGGCGGAGCCGCUCGUGGCGCCCGAGCUGGUGACUCCACCGCUCGGGCUGGUGGCGCUGCUCGGCAGGCCGGAGCUGCACCCGGCGCUGAGGGAGCACCUUCGAUCGCAGCUCAGGCCCCCGCUCGAGUCCGUGGGGGUCGGGGAUCUCGCGGAGGCGACGUCGGUGCUGACGCGACGCAAACGCAACGGGCCGUCCGCCGCCGCACCUCCCGCGCCCGUGAAUCCUCUCAUCCCGCCUGUCGUGCCCGUAGGCCUCGGCCCGGCCCAAACCCCGGCCCUGGGAGCGACGGACGGGUCGGGAUCCUCCAACCCCUCGGACGGCACCGACGCGCCGCGCCGGGGAAUGCUGCGGGCGGACUGGACCCGCAAGCACCGCGAGCGUCGACCGGCCGUCGCGCUCGCCUUCCUGCCCCACGAGGAGGUCGAGGGCGAUCCGAAUGCGUGGGUCUCCCUGACGCGUCGCAUCGACGCCCUACGGGACGCGGCGGCCGGCGCGGGAUGCGCUCUCGCGCUCGUGGUGGUUGGCGACGACGCCCCCGAGAGGCUCCCCGAGGACCGGGUCGCCGCGCUCACCCGUCAGGCCAAAAUCGACAGGUCCGCCCUGGUGUCCAUGCCCCAGCCGCCAACCCCGGACGCGAUGAGAGCCGUGGGUGCGCUGUGCGCCAACCUCGCCAAGGCGUACUACGUCGGCGAGUGCGCCAGGCACGCGGCCAAGACUUUACCCGGCGGGGGGAUCGAAGCCGCCGAGCCGGGGUUCAAGGCGGGGAUAUUCUGCGAGUUUCACGGGGACUGGGGCGGCGCGUGGCGCAUGUACAAGACCGCGUACGACGGUCUGGUGGCGGCGCACGUCGCGUCGGAGGCGGCGGGGGGCCCCGGAGGCGGGACGCGGGAUGUCGACGCGGCCGGCGGCGUUGAAACUAAAACCUUCGGCCCCGUGCAGGCGAGGUUCGAGCGGUUGGCGGUGGCGGAGCGGCUGCACUACAAGCUGUGCGCGCUUCACCUCACCCUGAACCCCGGGGAUCCCGGGAUGUGCGUGGCGCAGAUGCGCGCGCACCACGACGCGUUCAAGCGACCUCCCGCGUGGCUCCCGCCCGCCGCGCUGCCCCGGCACUGGUCGUGGGUGGCGAGGCAGCACAGAGCCUUCGCCGAGCUCCUCUCCCAACGCACGCCGUGGGGCGGGUCCGCGAGCGCAGCCGCGGGGGCGGCCGCGGGGACCAUGCCCUUGCCCUCGCCGCCCCCGCCCAACGCGCCGAUGACCUACCUGCCGGGGUUCUGGUACCACGCGGCGGCUAACGCGACGGAACGGCUUCGUCGAGCCGCCGAAUCGGUGGAUGACGUCGACGAGGGAAAUUCCGGCGGGGACGGCUCGGACGUCGUCGACGGGAAAUACGUGGGAACGUUCGCGCGCGGCGAUGGACCGAUCACCGACGCGGAGUACCUCGGGCACGUUAACGCUCGCCUGCCCAGCGCGCCCGAGCUGGUCAAGACUUCGAUCGAGCUCCUCACGAAGGCUCACGAUCACUUCAAGCGAACGGCGCCCAAGGAUGGUAGCGCGGGGUCCGCCAGGCUGUUCGCCUCCAUCGUCGCCAGGCUGGCGCGUGGGUACCUCCUAGCCGGGGAUUUCGCAUCGUCCAAGCGCCUGUUCGAUUCCGUGGCGCCGGUGUACAGGCGCGAGGGGUGGGACGACCUGCUCGGCGGUGUCCUGAUGGGGAUGAAGGACUGCGCGAGGCACGCAAAGUCAAACUCGGAGUAUCUCGAAAUUUGCCUCGAGAUCGCGGCGCUCGGCGGGACCAGCGCAUCCGACGCCGUCGCGGCGAUGGCCGCGGCGCAGGCGGCGAUGGAGGAUGCCGACGGGACCGAGGUUACCAUAGGGAUGGGCACGACGCCCAGGUCGGGUCACGCGGGACUCGGCGGCGACGACCACCCGCUCGCCAGGGCCGUGCACUGCGUCGCGGGAUUCGGAGCUUCGCACGCGGUGCCCGGGGAAUCGAUCGAGCUCACCGUCGCGGUUCGCUCGUGCCUACCCGCGACGUUGCCCGUGAAGAGCGUGGCGGCGGUGUUCGGCGACGGCAUGUACGACUGGACGAGUGAAGAUGCCGUGUCUGAGCUGCCGGCGAGGACGUGGCGCGUUUUCGUCGUCAAAGUCACGCCGGCGUGGGGACACCCGGUGAACGUCGUCGCCCUCGUGUUGACCCUCGCCAACGGUGUUCGGUUCAGGCUCGAGCUUGGCGAUGGGAACGGGGAGAGCCCGGGCCGGCGGGGCUGGCUGGCGCCCGACGAGCGCCUGCCGGCGGCGUUCAAUUCCGGGUGCGUUCAAUUGGGCGUGCACUCGUUGGACCUGCGAGCCGCGCCGUUGAAGAUGUCACUCUCCGUGAACGUCGACGGACCCGCGCUUUUGGGCGAGGUGACCGCCUUGCCACUCGUCGUGGUGUCCACCGGGGACGGACUGGACGACGCAACGCUCGUGUUGACCGUCAAGGAGGGCGAUAAGGCGUACCUUGGUAGUACGCGGGAGAACGGCGGGAUAAGGAGCGAGGAAGCCUCCGCCCCGGGCCCGGAUGUGGUGUUGCUCCGCGCACCGGACUCCCAAUCGGCGAUGCAACCGCGCGAGCCAAUCGCGAUAGGAAACGUGCCACCCGGCGGCACGUGGCGAGGGAAGGUUUACGUGCUGUGGCGCAGGCUCGGACCCCCCGUCACGCUCGCGACGGAGCUCCGAGGCGUUCACUCGGGGUUGCCGGCUGAGAGCGGCGGCGAGGCGAACGCGGCGCUCGAGACGGUCGCCGAGCUGAGCGCGAUUGCGCCGUUCACGGCGACGCACCGGGGGCUAUCCGCGUACCGCACCUUCGCGCUCGUUCUCGACGAGCCGGCGUCGGCAGGUACUGUGGAGCACGCGACAGAUGGGGACGUGACCGCGUCGACCGUGUCGGUCGCCGCCGCCGGAUCGAUACUCGCCGUGGAUUCGGUAGGUUUCGCCGCGGUAGGUUUCAAAGGAGACGAAGGCGCGAUAGCGAGGAACGAACCGAACGGAGGCGUCGAACUGGGCGAGGGCGACGAGUUCCUCCAGCUGUGGCCGCGCCGGGCCGGCGGGGACGCCGAGGAUGCGCUGAACGUGACGUGGCGCCGGCGCGGGGGUUUGCGCCCGGUUCGAUCCGUGCUACCCGCGUCCCGCUCGCGCGUCCCUGCGGGCAAGGUGCCGCUGACGGUCACGCUCGAGUGCCCGCCGAGGCUUCACGCCGGCGCGUCGUUUCAGAUGGAGGUGCGGUGCCGCAACGACACGUCGACGCCCCAGGCUCUGACGGUGAGAGUCGUCGACUGCGCCGGCUUCGUCUACGUUGGGGCGAGGAGCGCGGACGUGACGGUGGACCCCGACGGCGGCCAGACGCGCGUGCCGUUCACGCUCACGGCGGUCAACUCGGGCGAGAUGCUGCUGCCGGACCUGGAGAUCACGGCGAAGGGAUUCGGGGCGCAGCUCCGGCUCCCGCGCGAAAGCAGGGAGCUGUACGUGUUGCCCGGUGAGAGGCAGCAAGCGGCGACGGCUGUAGUUUAG